CGGUGCCCAGCACGGUGCUUUGGAGCGGACCCUUCCAUCCCCCUCCGCUCGAAGGGACGAGGCGGAGCAGGGCACGGGCAAAUAACCCCGGCUGCUGCUCUGGUAGAAGAAAACCCCUCGGAGGGGUGCAAUAAAACCAAACGCCUCUCGAGGUUGGCCCAAAGCGAUGCUUUUGGGAGAGCUGCGGAACGGAGCCGGUCGGGCAAAACUUUUCAAUAAAAAGAUACUGCGAAUGCAAAAACCCCGUAAGGCUCAAGGAGCGGCCGCCCCCUCCCCGCGCACAGCCCCCUCCGCCGGGCCGGGAAGGGAGAAGGAGGAGAAGGGAGAAAAAGAAGGAGCAGCGAGCGCUGCCUCCCUCCUCCCUUCCUUCCUUCCCCAGGGCAGCGCGGCCCCGGCGGGGGCGUGCAUGGAAAGGCCGCGGCGGAGCCAAUGCGCAGGAAGGGGCCGAGCAUGUGGGGAGGUUGUUUACACCAGCCCGGCCCCGGGAGCUUUAACCCGGCCGGCGGCGAGGCGCGAGGCACGGCCCCGGGACGCCCGUGGCCGCGAUGGCGAGCGUGCUGUCCAGGCGCCUGGGGAAGCGCUCCCUGCUCGGCACCCGAGUCUCUGCCCCCAGUGCUUUGGCUGACGGGGUGCUGGCAGCCCCCCAGAUGCACGCCGUGCUGCCGGACGACGUGUCCUGCCCGCAGGCUGCAGAGGAGAGCGGCCGGGCACCGAGAUUCCUCAGCCCCAACCCCCGGCAGCAAGUUCUUGUCACCUACAGCGGGCAGGAGUGCACAGUGCUGCUGGAGCAGCGCGACCCGCCCAGCGACAAAGUGAAGGUGCUGCAGCCGGAGCAGGGCUUGCACACGUGCUGGGGGCUGCAGGACGUGCCUGAGGCGCUGCAGAGAUCUGUGUCCAGCAGCAUUGAUGUCCCCAAAAGGAAGGCCGACGCAGCUGUGGAGAUGGACGAGAUGGUUGCAGCCAUGGUGCUGACGAGCCUCUCCUGCAGCCCCGUGGUGCAGAGCCCUCCUGCCAGCGAGAGCGGCAUCCCCCCCUCACGAGCAGCGUGCGAUCCCUGGAAGGAGAGCGGCGACGUCUCAGACAGCGGCAGCAGCACCACCAGCGGGCACUGGAGCGGGGGCAGCGACAUCUCCACCCCAUCUCCCCCGCAUCCCGAGGGCAGCCCCAAGCACUCCAGCGAGGCGCUCAGCUCCCCGCCGGCUGAUGAUGGCUUCGAGACCGACUCUGACCCCUUUCUCCUCGACGAGCCGGCUCCGCGGAAGAGAAAGAACUCGGUGAAGGUGAUGUACAAGUGCCUGUGGCCAAACUGCGGCAAAGUCCUGCGCUCCAUCGUUGGCAUCAAGCGGCACGUCAAGACCCAGCACCUCGGGGACAGCGCUGACUCUGACCAGCGGAAGCGGGAAGAGGAUUUCUACUACACCGAAGUGCAGGUGAAGGAAGAGCCCACACCAGAGGCAACUGCCAACACCAGCCCCACAUCCGUGUCCGCCCCCAUCAUCAUCCAGCAAGCCCUGGCCAAGCCGGAGGCUCUGCUGGUGGAGCCGCCGGUGCUGGAGCCCGCUCUGGCCAGCAGCGCGCUCAGUCAGUCUGCACCCAGUUCCUUCUGGCACAUCCAGGCUGAUCACGCCUACCAGGCGUUGCCCUCCAUCCAGAUUCCAGUGUCCCCACACAUCUUCACCAGCAUCAGCUGGGCCACUGCCACCUCGACUCUCCCGUCCCUGUCACCGGUGCGGAGCCGGUCGCUCAGCUUCAGUGAACCCCAGCCUCCCACGCCGAUGCUCAAGUCCCACCUGAUCGUCGCCUCGCCGCCCCGCGUGCCCGUGGGCACCAGGAAAGUUCGCGGUGAAGCCAAGAAGUGCCGUAAGGUGUACGGCAUCGAGCACCGGGACCAGUGGUGCACGGCUUGCCGGUGGAAAAAAGCCUGCCAGCGCUUCCUGGACUGAGCGUGGCACUGCAGUGCCACCUCCCUCCCUGCUCCCAACCAAGGAGCACUGGAGUCCCUCACUGCUGCACCCAGGGACCUUGGAGGCACCUCCUGGGACUCCAGAAGAGCCCUCCAGAGCUGCGUGUAAAUUCCUCCUUCUGUAUAUUGUACAUCAGCUGGGUUUGCUCUUUUUUUUUUGUUUGUUUUGUUUUGUUUUUUGUUUUUUUUUUUUAAAACUUUUUCCAAAUCUGUUUUUUAAAACGUGAAGAAUAUCUCCCAUUUGUACAGUUUAAAAACUGGGGCUGGGAGGAGGAAAGCAAAGCCGGUGGCUCGGAGCUCGGGGGACGUUGCAGGUGAUCUGGGGACCAAAGAGCUCCCUGCAUUGCCCAGGUCAGCGCUAGGAUCUCCCGAGCUGCUGCAGUGCAGCCAGGGCGAGGCGUCGAGGCAGCUUCCCCUGUCCCUUGGCUAUGUAUGAAGUGCAAAUCCCUCGUGUCCUGAAAAGGGACGGCGUCCAGAACAAUUACAGCUUUAAGAACACGAGGCAGGGCUGGUUCUCGUGGCGGCGGACACAGGUUUCUCUCCUCCUUGCCUCAUGGAUGUGCUCUUUGCUCGCUUUGCAGCUGGAGCCUGCACGUGUCUCUGCUUCCAGGUUGUCGCUUUUGGAGGCAUCCGGGGAAAAAACCUCUUUAAUCAGGAAACCUUUGAGAGCUUUUGAAGCAAAAGCAGGUAUUCCUUCUCAUUUCAGGCUUUGUACAUCUGCUUAGUUCCGUGAAAAACUAUGCCGUGGCCCUCGCUGCAUCUUUCUAAAGCAGGCUGAGAGCAAACGUUUGCAAGUUUGUUAUUAAACAAAAAUACCUUCCUGAUUUCACCAGCAAAGGCAGCUGGCAAGCUGGGAAGACUGGGAAGAGCUUUCCCUUAGCAUCACAGUAUGGCCCCGCUUUGGCAAACGAUCUUAAAAAUCUGCUUUUGCACCCCAUCAGCAGCAGGCAGGUCUGUGUCCUGGAUUUUUUUUUUCCUUCUUUUUUUUUUUUGCUGCAUUUUUGAUAAUCACAGCCCGGAAGGCACAACCAAGAGUGAGCCCCGCACAAGGCUCGAGCCUGGGCUGGUUUUCAGGACCAUGGGAUGCGACAAAAACUCCCUUCAAAAAGCAAAUUGUGUGGCUGGGAGAGCAUCGUUCUGCUGCUGGAUGGAUGCACGCCCUGUUGGUACUGGGGCAUAGAUGUAUCCGUGCAAUACUGGUGCUUGUCAACCUCUUCUUGUAAUGUUGUCUAUCUAAACAGCAUCUCGUUGCAGAACCCUCUGGUACCAAACGGGCGGAUUCAGAAUCGGGAAGCAGGAGCAAAACUCCCCCAGGCUGCAUCCCCGAGUUUGUCCGUGCAGGUCUGAUUCAAAGCCCGUGUUUUUUUUUUUUUUUUCCUGGGGAGCUUCCAGCUCAGGAUCACAUCCCUGCUGGGGCUGCGUCAGGCUGCGAUGCUGGGAAAAGCCCUUCCCUCUCCCAUUGGCAUCAGCCAUCCCCACAGCCAUGUAUUGCAGGAACGGCUCUGCGGGUUCACGCUCUGCGUCCUGGUAGCAGCGAGUUGCGUCCUGGGGUUAUUGCACUACUCAAAAGUAGGAAUUUAUUCUUGAUUUUUAUUUUUUAUUUAGAAAAAAGAAUAGCCCCCCCCCCGGGCAUUUGCUACCAUUUGGAUUGCAGAGCUGGCAGCACCCAGGCUUGCUACUGGUCCCUGCAGCAACGCAGGCGGGUUUCUGUGAUGCUGAAGGCGCAGGUCGCUCUCUGUGGGCUUGCCACAAGCUGCAUUUUCCCAAAUGUUUUUAAGAGGCUUGAAGCAUCGCUCAGAGUGUGGAAAUAAUAAUGAACAAGAAGGGUUUUCGUUGUGGUUCCCUCUGACCUUGUGCCUUUGCUCCCACGACUCAGACCCAGAGGUUUUCCCUCCCUGCUUGUCUUGCCCUUUCUGCCCCAUACAGAGUGGCCCCGUUUGGGUCCCCGUCGCUCAGGAAAUGCCACACAAGCCAUGUGGGGGUGUCACCCCCCGGGGCUUUGCCCCCCAGACCAGGGUGUAGCGUCUGACAAUCCUCACUGCCCCUCCUUCUGAAGUAAAUCGUAUUUUUUUUUUCACUGAUGGGAACUUGAAUUUCCGCAAAAGGAAGCGGAAAUCACUUGCUGCUUUCCGACGAAGGCGGCUUUUAUAUUAGGAAUAGGGAGAACAAAGAUAGGAAUGGUUCCGGAGCGAGCAGCGCGCGCAGCGUGCUGGAUCCCCGGUGAGUCGAGGGCAUGGUGGGACCCCUGGAACUGGGGGGUGCAGUGCCUCCCCCCGCAGCCAAUAGCACUUACAGCCCCAGGGUCACGCUGCGCAGGGCUGUGCUGUGCUGGUGGUGUUGUCCCAGGGGCACGCACAGCUCGUUUUCUGGGGGCUUUUGCGGUACGGAUUCAGUGGGACAAAAUUGUCCUUUCGCUCUCGGCUUUCCUUUUUUUUUUUUUUUUUCUUUUUCAGUUUGGGAGUACUUUGGAUUUUUUUUUACACUUUAAAAGAGGAAAAAGCUUGUAUCUCUGCAGCAACGACGGCAGGCUUUGCAUUGUUUGUCAGGCUGGCUGGCGUCCGAUUUCUUUGUGGGGUUUUUUUUUUUUUCUCCCCUUUCCCAUCUCUUUCCUUCGCUAUUUCUCUACAAGCUUCCAGUCUUGGUCUCACCAAACUCCAACCCCCACCGUGGGUAACCCCGACUACAAGCUCAGCUUGGAGGCUUCUCCCACUCCAGCUGUCUCCCGUGUGUAUGUAUGUAAAUAGGAACCUCUUAAUUGGGCACUAAUUGGAGGCUGCUCUCCUUUUCCAGCCCCGGUGACACCCCGCUGCUGGCACCCAAACUGAGCACAGGGUGACCCCGGGUGAUGCUCGGGGUGGGUGACGGUGGUUGGUGGCACGGGGAAGGGCUCGGGGAUGCUCAUCCCUGUGCUCCCGCAGGCCCCCGCUGCCCGGCCGGGCUGGGAGGACAAAUCUUCUGUCUUGGAGCUUUUCUCGGCUGUCUUCCAAGUAUUAUUUUUAUGGUUUAAAAAAAAAAAAAAAAAAAGUGAAAAAAA